CCCUCGCCGCCCUCUACUGCAUCCAGCGGAUCGGCGCGUACCAGCAGCUCGCCCGGCUGCACUCUCCAGAGUCCGAGGCGGCGGCGCGGCUCGCUCGCACUCUCUCGCAGCUCAGGCGCGCGAUGCUCGUCUGCGCGUGCUGCUUCCUGCUCCGGAUCGGGAUGCUCCUCGUCAAGCAGCUCGAGCUGCACGACCUCAUCGGCGGCGCUUCCCCGGGGGACGACCCGCUCGAGCUCUUCACGCCGCAGUGGUUCCUGCUCGCCGACCUCCUCCCCCGCAUCCUCCCCCUCGCCGCCUUCAUCCUCCUGAUGCACCGACGCGGCCACCGCCACACUCACCGCCGCCGCCGCCGCACCGCUGCCGCCCUCCACAGCCGCAUCGUCCAUCGGCUCGGCGAGCCCGCACGACGACGAUGGCGGCCUCCGUGCCGCGCCGAGGCGAGCGGGAGAGAAGUAGUGUCAGUCCGGAGGAGAUCACUGCCCAGAGUCGUUCGCUCGGGGACACGCGCGUCGGAGUCUCGAGGACAGGGGCACGUUCCACGUACACCGACGUACAGUACCGCUCACCGCACACCGGACACCGGCGCCGGGGGUCGGGUUGACCUUGAUCCUUGUGGGUGCGUGAGCUGUGAGGCUGAGGCUCGUUGUGCGAGAGUAUUUAUGCAAUAUGGGACACAGGG